UAAGAGACAUGAGGGAGGAGGGCGGGUGGAAGGACGCGGGCGGCGGGGGCUAGCAUGGCCGCAGCGCUGCUGCUGCUGGCGACGGUGGCGUCGGCGGCGUCGGUCACCCGGCUCGGGGAGCUCGCACGACGGGACACCGGAGACAUAUUCACACUCGUUGGUGGCGAAUGCAAUGCCGCGCAAUGCGCGGAGCACAGUGCUUGGAUGGGCGAAAGUAGCACUAGCGGCUGCGCGUGCGCAUGUCCGCAGCGCGCACCCCUCUUUAGAGAGGAUCGGGAGCUGUGCGUCGACGACUUACCAGAAUGCGCAUUAGCUACCUUCGGAACCGGCGCAGGCGUCCAGCGCAUCCCGUUCGUGUAUUUACCAUUGAAAGGCCAAAUCAUUCAUCCGUCCAAAGAGAUCACGUUUCAAAAUGUGAAAACUCCAAUUUGCGCUGUGUCUGGCGCACAAUUCCUCACACGUAAAGGAUUCCUUGAUUUAAGGAAUACUCUUGAUGCCGAUGUGCCGUUCAAUUUGUUUCGCGAUGAAGGCCGAACGUUUCUACAGUGGAGCGGCGAGGACGACGUGCGCGCGCGCAUGUCUGGGCGUGUGAUGGUGGUGCGUUUGCUAUGUCGUGACGUCUCUGCCCCUCCCUCUUCACCCUUAGACCUGCGAGGAGUGUUUACACCAUGCGUAGCGUUCAGGGUGCAGGGCACACCGCCGAUACCUUCAUCCAACGUAACAGAAGUCCAAUUCGCGUCAAACGCACACAGGUCGGAGACGGCAACCGCAUCAGGUCUCUCUGUGACGGAAUAUGUUGCCAUCGGGAUCAGCUCUCUACUGCUUGGCCUCAUCUACGUUGCAUCGGUCUUCCUCUUUCUACAUUUACGAAAACGUAGAAAGGCAACGUCGGAUGGAGGCAGUAGUAGGAAGUUACAAGGGCUGAAAAAAAGAGAUGGAUCUUUAAUAACUGAAAGGGAUAUAGUGCGCGUCAAUAACGAACGAUUACAAAUACUUCCGAACAAUAUGAGGCAAGACGAUGGAAUCAUUAAGAGUAACCCAUUACUGAAUAUUAGUAGACAGUAUCACGAGUCUAAAAGUUAUCCUAAUGAUUCUGGAAGCAAUUUGUCUGAUUCCGAAGACUUUGCUGACAGCAGCAUUCGUAGUGACGAAAAUUUAUAUAAUUGUCAAACGAUAUCGGCCAUAAUACAUCAACAUCGUGGCGAAAUGAAAAUGAAAAAUGAUAAUGCAGAGCUGUCUCAUCGUGAUGAGUCUGGUAUAGAACGCCUGCCCGACGAACAUGUCUCAAUAGUCGAGACGACGGAUGACCGAGAGAUUGCCAGACCGGUGGGCACUACACGUCGAAAAUUAUACUUCAAUCCUGCUUAUUUUGAACCUCAACUUAUGGCGGAGCCACCUGCUGCUGCACUAGAGUUCUUGGUAAAAAUAAGAGAAGUUAUAGCAAUUGCAAAACACAAGAUGGCUGCCAAACGAUUCCAACCAGUCCUAAACGAAAUUCCUGAAGAAGAAACUUUCUCCUCAAACGGAAAUAGCUUGGACCUUUAUCAACGUCUAGGAAGUCAAAGAAGCGAAAGUGUAGUAAGCCUUAAAAGAGAAAACAGUCGAAAAAAGAAUUGCGUAGGUUGUCCUGGUUGUCAAACGGAAACAACAAAUGACAUGCAGAGUUUAGUAAAGCAUAAUAUGCUAAGCUGCAUGAAUUGCAUGAAUAAUAAAGGUGAAAAACAGAAUAGUAUAAGAAAAUGGCUAGAAAACAUUCCAACCACAAAACAAGCCUAUAACGAAUACAUAAAAAAUGGAAACCAGAAUAACAUAGCUAAUGCUCUUCUACUCUUACCUGCAACUGAAAAUAGAAGGCAAAUAAGAAAACAUAAUAGUUUUUCAAGUCCUAACUCAAUGCCUUUAACAGAUGAUUUUAUGAUUGCAAAAAAAUCUGGAUCAAUGUCCGUAAGAUCGGAACCACUUGUUCGCAAUUAUAAUUUACCACUACCUGAAUUAGAUAAUAUAGAUUUUCAGCAUAAUAAUUAUAAUUAUUAUUGUCAAACUAUCGGGCAAAUUGAUGAUAUUAGCCCCAUAGGGCCAGGCGAAUACCGUUCAGACAGUUUGAGAUACGUAGAAAAUAAUCAACUGCGAAAUAAAUUAAUGAGUAAAAAAAAUUCAUUACCCGAUAUGGUUAAUGAGGCCAUAGCUCUUGAACAUUGUACUAAAUCUUUUAACCAAAGCAGUUCAGAUGAAGAAAGAUUUCUUAACAGCAAAAUUCCCACCUUAUCUAAUCAAAACCCAUACACACGAAUAAAUUCUGAAAGUCCUUCUGGUAAUGAUUAUGAAACUGAUAGUCUCGAAAGAAAUUCCAAUAAAAAAGGUAUAUCUACUCCUACUGAGUACACUGAAAUAUCAUCUUCCCAAGCUAGUCCAAGUCUAAGUAAUGCGUUGCCGCUCGAAGAAGAACUUACGAUGAGAAAUGCAGUGUAUAAAACUCAUUCUAGCAGUAAUAGUGCCACGCCUCCGCCACGAAAAAAUACUAAUUUAGAACUAAAUCACUAUGAGUCUAUAAGGAAAACAGAAAAUACCAGGCUCUCUCCAGAGGAACCAUCUAAACAAGGCACCGAUUAUAGUUUAGUAAGUGAAGUUUACGUUAAUAAUAAUUAUAACUUCGGUAGCACUCCUACGUCGCCCAGUGGAUCGGAAUGUUCACUGGGAAGUAGGAAAUUGAACACUAGUAAUAUUAACAACUUAGAAGAAAAACCAGGUUGUUUGACAAUCGAAGUGAAAGAUUCUCCAGAAAAUUACAUAAAAAUUCAUGAAUCCGACGGAUUCGAACCAGAUACUUUAGACAGGAAACAUCUGAAACACAAAGAACAUUUUGAAAAUAUUCAAUUUAGCAGAAAGGAUUUAAUAAAAAAUUUGAACGACAAUGACAGCCCACCACGCCAACGUAUACAAUUAAGAAGUAGUGGAACUUUUAAGAAGACUACCGACAAGGUGGAAUAUACGAAUAAAUUUCAUAGUUUGAGAAGCGAAUACGAGCAAAGAAAAAAUAUAUACGAUCGUCCAAAACUUUCACCAGCAGUGUUUAGUGGAUCAAAGAGCCUUGAAAACAACACGGACGAUACGUUAGACGAAACUUCAGAGUGGAAUACGGACGAAGGGAGAAUUUUAACGUUAGAAUUAAGACAUUCGAAAAGACAGCGUCAAUGCACACCACCCACGAUUAAGCAAGUUAAUAGUUUAGUAAGACCUGACAUUCUUCCACCGUUACCUCCCACUGAAGACGAUCCAAUUUAUGAACACCCACGAUUUCCUCCUAGAAGGGUUGAUGAUGACAGACUAAGUAUAGAACCACAUCAAAAAAAAGACAAUGGCAGAAGUCUCAGUCCGAGGACCUUUAUGAAGACUACUGUAGAUGAAACUAUUGUAUGUGACGAUUCAACAGUGACACCUGAGCCGUGUUAUGGAUCUUCCUGCAGUCCAAUAAGAGCUUCUGCCCAAUCGCAAUCCUCGGAAUAUGAAAAUGUGGAUCCUGUUAACUUUGCAAAGAAAACAGGAGACCUAUGCAGGAGUUUUAACAAGAGGCGGUCCGAUAGAGGUGGUGGCAGAAUAAAUACUGACACGUUUGUUAAGGGUAGUAAGAGCGAAGGCAAAUCAAGGUUCAGGCGAAAAAAGGGAUCGACCGUACAGGACUCUGGGUACUUGAGCAGUGACUCUACUAGUUCUAGACAAAUUCAAAGAAAGUUAGUCAUAGCAAAAAUUGUUAGUUGUAGUGAAAGUGACGAUACAGAGAACGAAGCGAGAAGUGAAUCCGGUGCCGAGAGUGUUGAAACGCAUUCGGUGUUUUUCGGUGCUUAUAGAAAAAUACAAAUGAGUGAUGGAACCUCAAAUGACAAUAGUUCAAGGAACAGUAGUAGAAAACUCAAGUGUGCUAGUGGAAACUCAUAGUGGUAUCCUACUUAAUUUUAUUAGUGUGUUCUUUUAUACUUACUAUAUUGUGCAAUAUUAUUACUGAAACUAAAUUUGUGCAAUAUGAUGUGCAAUAAAUAAGUAUGUUAUUUAAGUUAUUUUAUAAUUCUAAUAGUAGUAUAAUUUGUAGAUGGCAAAGAAUAUGCUCAAUAUAUAAUAGUUAUUAAGUUUAAUAUAAAUGGCCGGACGUGCAAUGCAAUCAUAGUUUAAGUUAUCCACAGAUUUGCAAUUAACAAAUACUGAUGUAUCUAAAUAUUCCAUAGGGUUAAAACGAAUCUUGUUUAUUAAUUAAGGCGUUUAUAUUUGCUCUUCCUAGUGUGAUUAUAAAGACGAUUUUAAAAAUCAAUUCGCAACAAUAUUUUUAAGAAUAUUUAUCUGUCGACUAGUGUUCAUAAUAUUGAUGUUUAUCGAUAAAUCUUUGUAAAUAUAAGUAAAUUAAUACAAAUAUUGCAAUUAAUUUAUAGUUAAAAUUUAUUUACGGUUAUUUUAAAUAAGCGAUCUGAAUCUCUUUUUACGAUCCAUAGCGAAAAUGGACCAAUCAGAACAAAGUUUAUUUUUUAUAUGUGCUUACAAAUUACUUAUCGUCGAGAUCGGAGAGUAGAUUGAGAUUGAGAUCGUUUACUGAAAACAGCCAUUAAUGUACAGAUAUAUUAGAUAAAAAUGUACAUAAUCAAAGAGUCAGGCGGCAACUAGCUUCCUAGUACCUGACAUAUAUUACUGGUGCUCCAGGGAGGAUCCACACGCUCAUUCUCUCAGUAUGUCUAAGAGCACGGCUUUGGGGCAUUAGAAGCUGGUUGGCAACAAACAAUCCUUUUUAAUAAAGUUGUUUACGCCGGUGUUAAUAAACUAUUUUGAAUUUUGAUAUCUCUGAACCGAUCUCGAAGUUCGACCAAUAGGAAUAACGUUCAAACGCGACGCUCACCUAAUAUUAUUGGUUAUUUUCGAGAUCGAUCUAGAGAUAGUUAUGAGGGUUGUUUGUUACCUAAAAAACAUAAAUUUUACAUUCAGAAUAAUAAAAGAAAAAAAUAUUGACUUGAAAUAAUUCAAUCCUUUAGAUGCACUUCUUUCUAAAAGAUUACGUAAUUAAGGCAUUGCAAACAGCACAUAUCAAUUCACUUACAUUACAAUUCUAUUAAUAAGUAAAUAUUGACAAAAUCGUGGGUCACCUUAGAACUUUAUUUAAUAAAAUCGGAUUGCUUGUUAUCAACCGACAGAGAUCUACUUUGGUUGUGGGCUUUCAGUGAUUUUAAGACUUCUAUACUAUGUAUACUAUUGUACCUAUGUAAUUUUAGCAAUAAUUAUUUAAGGCAUAGCCUUUACACAUUUAAUGUGUUUUAGAAAUGGAGCCUAUUUAGAUAUUAUGCAUAGAUAAUAUAAAAUGUUAUUUUAAAGUGUUAUUUAUUAUCACAUUAAAAAACAUGUUUUCCAUGAAUUUAUUUUUCACUUACAUACCUAUUUUUGUAAUAUAAUUCUCAUACUAAAAUGUAAUAUAAUUAUUGUAGUAAUUUUUUUUAUUCAAACUGUUCAGAAAUGGCUCCAAUAGCUGAUUAAAUGGUGCUAAGAAACCGCAGAAAGGUAAAUUCGGGUACUUUAUAGUUUAAAGGAAUCAAUCGAUUCUAAAGGUUAGAUAAUAUAAUGUAAACUUUGUAUUAAUUAGAAUACGUCUUUGAAUACUACAAUAAAUAAUGCUCAAAAUAAUAUAAAUUAAGAAAAUAUAAUGUACUUAUUAUAGGUUAUUUUAAUUCUAGAUUUUUUUCGUUAUGCCAUUCUUUACAGCCAGUAUUCAAUGGCCUUUGUAUAUUUUGUUCUUAAAUUAUUUUAUUACUUAAUUUAUACUAUUUUGUAUGGUUCGCGUGUUUUAAUAUAACGUGAAAUAUUUUAUAUUGUUCAGUUACUAAAACUUAAUUAGUAUUAGGAUAAUUUCAAUCUUGAGAAAUUUUAAUACUGUUAUAAUAAAA